GCUUCCAGUAGGUGCAGUGCCGUCUAAGAUUGCUGGAGGCAGUGUGUCUCCCUUAUUGUUCGGGUAGCGAAACUCUGUGUGAAUCUGCUACUAGUUUCAAUGUAAUCCCGUAUCCACAGGCAGUCGGUCCGACAUGGCGACCGUGCAGAAGCCUUGCUUCGCAACAACCAACAUCUGAUUUCCUAAACGUUGCGACUGUGUUCUCAAGGGGGAGCGGAAACUACAGUAACACAGUAAAAAAAUCGUACACGUGGAAUAUCUGCGGAUUUUACGGAAAGGGUGAAACAGGUAGCUGCAUCAUGGAGUGACGUAUCUUGGAACACUCUGUGCCCAGACAGGAAGCCUAUCUGCCUCUCCAGUGGAACCUGAAAUUGACCUCUGGGCACAUUGUCAUUUUCAGCUGACUCCAGGCUGCCACAGGGACGAUGGUGGAGCCGGAGCCAAGACUGACUGCAGGCCAGCGGCUGGGCGCUCAGGAAAGUCUGGGGAUCAGCACCCUGGAUCCGGGCCACAAGCCCCCCGCCAUGCCCCCGGGGCGCCAGGUCUCCGUCCGAGUGCACCUGCUGGAUGACACGGAGGAGGUCUUCGACGUCUCGCAACGGGCCUCCGGAAGGGUGCUGCUGGACCUGGUCUGCGCCCAUCUCAACCUCAUCGAGGGAGACUACUUCGGCCUGGAGUACCAGAACCACCGCAAGAUGACCGUCUGGCUGGAUCUUUUGAAGCCCACCAUCAAACAGAUCAGACGCCCCAAGCACACGGUCCUGCGCUUUGUGGUGAAGUUCUUCCCUCCGGACCACACCCAGCUCCUGGAGGAGCUGACCAGGUACCUCUUCGCUCUGCAGGUAAAGCAAGAUCUGGCCUGCGGGGUCCUGACCUGCAACGACAGCAGUGCCGCCCUGCUGGUCUCCCACAUAGUGCAGUCUGAGAUUGGGGAUUUUGAUGAGACUCAGAGUAGGGAGCACCUCCUCACUAACAGGUAUAUGCCUGACCAGGAGGCUCUGUUAGACAGGAUUAUGGACUGCCAUCGCAAACACACAGGGCAGACGCCGGCGGAAUCGGAUUACCAGCUGCUGGAGAUCGCCCGUCGGCUGGAGAUGUACGGCAUGCGACUCCACCCAGCCAAGGACAGGGAGGGCACCAAGCUGAGCCUGGCGGUGGCACACACCGGCGUCCUGGUCUUUCAGGGGCACACAAGGAUCAAUGCCUUCAACUGGUCCAAAAUUCGCAAGCUGAGCUUCAAGAGGAAACGCUUUCUCAUCAAACUCAGGCCUGACCUAAAUCAAAGCGCGUAUCAGGACACGUUGGAGUUCCUGAUGGGCAGUCGGGACUGCUGCAAGGUGUUCUGGAAGAUCUGCGUGGAAUACCAUGCCUUCUUCCGCCUCUUUGAGGAACCAAAACCCAAACCCAAACCCGUCCUCUUCACCCGUGGCUCCUCCUUCAGAUUCAGUGGACGGACACAGAAACAGGUGUUUGAUUACGUCAGGGACUCGGAAUUUAAAAAGAUCCCCUUUGAAAGGAAACACAGCAGGGUCCAGUCUCACAGCAGCCAGUCUCCACUGCCUUCACUGCAGCGCCCCCAAGUGCCAAAAGAAAGCGUGAUCAGCUCCUCAGGGGACGAGCUGGACUCUCCGAGCCGGUCGGGCUGGCGGGAGACGGUGUCGGUCAGCGUGGAGGACUCGUCGGCGUCGCGGAAAAAGAGCAGCCCCUCCCCCCAGCGCAACGGGCGCGAGGAGCGAGCGGGGCCUCGAGUGGAGCCGUCCCCCUCUGGUCAGCGGGCGGAGCGUCUGAGCACAGGAGUGAUGAUGAGCUGUCCCCGGCUCUCGGACUCGCCCAAUCAGGGUGCAGUGAACGGUCAGAGGCGUGGCCUGGCCCCCGGUCAGAGCCUGGACGGCCCCCAGCCCUCCCCCCUCACCAGCCCGCUGCUGAACGACGGCGGAUGCACGCGCACCGACGAUGAGGACGAGGUUCGGAGGAAGAGGUUUCCUACGGACAAGGCCUACUUCAUCGCCAAGGAACUGCUGACCACAGAGAGGACGUACCUGAAGGACCUGGAGGUCAUCACCAUGUCUUUUCAGAACUCAGUAGGGAAAGACGAGGCUACACCCGAAUCUCUCAGGAACUCCAUCUCCUCCAACUUCGAGCCCCUGCACAAGUUCCACACCAGCUUCCUGCGGGAGGUGGAGCAGCGGCUGGCUCUGUGGGAGGGACGGUCUAAUGCCCACAUUAAAGGAGACUACCAGCGCAUCGGGGACGUCAUGCUGAAGAACAUCCAGGGCAUUAAGCAGAUGACGGUGCACCUGCAGAGGCACUCGGAGGUGCUGCUGGAGCUGGAGCGGGCGUGCCGGGCCUCGCGGAGGGUGGAGGCGCUGUGCCGCGACUUUGAGCUGCAGAAGGUGUGCUACCUGCCACUCAACGUCUUCCUGCUCCGCCCCCUGCACCGCCUCAUGCACUACAAGCAGAUCCUGGAGCGGCUGUGCAAGCACUACCCGCCCACCCACCAGGACUUCAGGGACUCCAGAGCUGCCCUGGCUGAUGUGUCCGAGAUGGUGGCCCAGCUUCACUGCCCCAUGAUCAAGAUGGAGAACUUCCAGAAGCUUCUGGAACUGAAGAAGGACCUGGUCGGAAUCGACAAUCUUGCUAUACCAGGACGGGAGUUUAUCCGGUUGGGCUGUCUGAGCAAGCUAUCAGGAAAAGGCCUUCAGCAGCGCAUGUUCUUUCUGUUCAAUGACGUCCUGCUGUACACGAGUCGAGGGAUGACGACAGCCAAUCAGUUCAAAGUCCACGGGCAGCUCCCCCUCUACGGCAUGACAAUCAGGGAGAGCGAGGAUGAGUGGGGGGUGCCCCACUCCUUCACCCUGUCCGGCCAGCGCAGCUCCGUGGUGGUGGCGGCGAGCUCUGUAUCAGAGAUGGAGAAGUGGAUGGAGGACAUCAAGAUGGCCAUUGACCUGGCGGAGAAGUGCAACGGGCCCAGCUCUAACCCCGUCGUGGCCGGCAGCCCCCAGGAGAACAAAUCCUCGGAGGACCCGACUCUAGACCAGGAGUCGGAGGACGACCUGAGUGCCUCGCGCACUUCCCUGCAGAGACAGGAGGCUCACCGUGGUAACACCACAGUGCAUGUGUGCUGGCACAGGAACACCAGCGUGUCCAUGCUGGACUUUAGCAUUGCCGUGGAGAAUCAGCUGUCAGGAAACCUCCUGAGGAAGUUUAAGAACAGCAAUGGCUGGCAGAAACUGUGGGUGGUCUUCACUAACUUCAGCCUGUUCUUCUACAAGACAUAUCAGGAUGACUACCCCCUGGCUAGCCUGCCACUGCUGGGGUACUCUGUCACCAUUCCCUCUGAGAAUGAGAACAUCCACAAAGACUACGUCUUCAAGCUCCAUUUCAAAUCUCACGUCUACUACUUCAGAUCUGAGAGCGAGUACACCUUCGAGAGGUGGAUGGAGGUCAUCCGCAGCGCCACCAGCUCCACCAGCCGCACCCGUUUCCUGAGCCGAAAAGAGCCCCACCCCUACUGAUCCAAAGAGCCUGGGGCCCACCUGGGGCCUGCCAGGCCCCUCCCACCCCCUUCCUGUGUCACGCCUUGGCCCUCCAUACCACACCUCCUACCCAUGCAGUGCCCACGUUUUUGUACAAUCCAUGGAUCCCCCAUCCGCGCCACACCCCCAUGUUAGCCCAAACAACGCCUCCUGCCAACCGAAGGGCCCCACACUGUCAGCUGCGCAGUUUUCAGUUUCACUCUUUGAUCCUUUUAUUUUCUUUUUGACUUUGCUUUGUUUUUACGCAUAAAUGGGACACUUAUUGUCCCGGCACAAAAUUCUGUGCUUUCAGAGUAUUUCAGAGGUCAUGUGUGCUGGGUAACGACAGAAAGACUGCUGUCCUGCAUUUCUACUGAACUCUGAAUCAUCUUUUGUAGAAUGUCAUUUUAUACGAUUUUUUAAUGUGGUCUGUGAACCACUUUCUCUCAUUCUGGUUUUACAUGUUUUCAUUGGUUGUGUUUCUAAAAUGCAGACCUGUCGAAAAAGUUUUGUUUUAUUUUUAAACUACAGGUUUGUUUGUUGGAGAUAACUGCUACUUUUUUGCUACUCAAAACAUGUUUUUUUGUUUGUUUGUUUUGAAGGACAAUGGCUGCGUUCAAAUCCUACAGCAUGAGUGCCAAACAGGUUUUUUCCCAAUGACUGUCUUUAUAAUGUGAUUUUAAUAUGUUGGAGAUACGUAGGUUUCUAAAAAGGAAUUUCAGAGAAUCGAUGUACUAAAGUGAACUUAUAGGCACCUUUAAAAGAAAAUUUAUUUAACUCCAAGAUGUCCCUGGGAAAUAUGACUUGAAUUAAUAUGUUCAGGAUAACCUAAAGAUUUACGAUUCUGGUUUUUCAUAAUUAAUGUUUAGGAUUAAUAAUCAUUUUAAGUACAUCCUGAGUAGUUACUAUGCCAGUAUUGGCACUUAUACUAAAUUGAAAUUUCAAAGAACAGUUUUUUUUUCCUGUUAACCCCACUUUGGACACAAUGCUAAGAGUGUCUCCUCCGUUCUUCUGUCCUGGGCUCAAAUAAGACUUCCUGUUACACUUCAUGACCUGUGCCCUAUGACCUAUGAACUAUCAUCAGUAUUCAUUCAGAGUAAAUUCUCAUAUGGAAAAAGGCUUUAAAGCCAAGGUAGGAAAUAGACUCUAAAGUUAUGAAGACACUUUCAGUCCACUAAAUAGCAGUCCUCUCAGGGGUUGUAAAUGGCUCCCAACUGGUGAGAGAAAUCCUUACCUGUUUAAAACCCUGUGCUGAGAUGCCAUUUUAAUCACACCGUAAGACAAGGUCUGCUUAUUUGCUAAAAUAAACAUCGAAGUACAUUUAAAUGUGACACAUCCUGCCAUUAAAAUUCCUCAUGUGGGGCCUGAUGAACAGGUUUAUCAACACUUCCGGGAUGAAUAAGAACUAUACUAGCCACGAGGAUAUGACUGUUGCCUGGGUAACAGCCUCUGCACAUACCAAGCAAAAGUGUCUCUGUACAUUUUUUACAUUCUCUGCCAGGUUCAAAUCACCAGGCCAGAGAUUGUUGGUCUUUGAUCAUGUACCUAAUUUGUACAGUACCCACUUACUUUUGAUACAAAAGCUGACCAAGACUCUGCCAGUAUCUUUUUAGAAUUUAAUUCACUUCUUUAUUAACAGGAAAACGUGCAGAAAAGGAUCGUUCUGAGUGCACAGGGACUUUAAAUGAUAUUGCUGAUGUGAGAGUAAGGAGUCUGUUUGUGGGGGGGGGGGGUGAAUUCUACUGGAGAAAUGGAUGGAAUGAUCUGUGUGACCCCCCCUCCCCAAACAGCAGAAAGAUCUGUGGACACGAAAGCAAUAAAAAAAACAAAACAUUUUAUGACACUUGCUGAUGUGUUUGUCUACAACUUUGAGAAAAACUUGUACAUUUUAAAAGUAAAGGUAUGCAGUUUGUUCUGCCUCUUUUACUACUAACAAUUCACAGUUCAAACUCUUUCACAGGAGAAUAGAGGAAAAAAAUAUUAACCUCCCACCACUCUCCUGCACAUGUUUUGAUGCUAAUGGUGUUUUGCUCUGUGUGGUUUUGAGCAUUUUGCAUAGAAACCUGGAGGUGUAGUUUUUCUGUGACACUAGAGAGCACCACUCAAGAAAGCUGUACAUUCACGGUUAUUCACUACGGCUGAUGGGAUCAGAUGUUCUGCCGGAAAUGGUGGUGGUUAUAAUUAUGGAAACUAUCUGAUUCCAGCAUUUGGCAAAGCUACCUGGAGCUCAGGUAAAUCCACAUUCCUUGUAAAAAUGGGGAAGCCAGUCCUGUUGGAAAUGGCUGCAUGACACCAGAUGACUUUGGCAGAACACAAUAAUGUUGUGCUUAUUCAAGUAGCAAAAAAUGCAUGAAAAUCAAUUUUGCAUUUGAGACACAGAUGUUGUUUUAAAAGCAGAAGUUUGAUGCAUUACCAGUAGAUGGCACUAUUGCAUUUCUCAGGAAUCCAUUGUUGCACACUAAGGGCCUGAUUUACCUUUAGCAUGUGCAAAACCAAAAACAUGACCAAUGAUUGGUCAUGGUAUUUCUUUUGUACCAAUCAUUGGUAGUGGUAGUAAAGAGUUUUAUUCUUGCUGAAAGGUUUGGCAUAUGCUAAAGGUCUUAAUAAAUCAGGCCCUAAGAAUCAGGGUUGGGGACAGUUUCAUUUCAUUUAUUAACACUUUCGGGGUGAAUAAAAUGAUUCAAUCUGUGAAACAUGGUGGAGGUAGUGUCAUGGCUUGCCUUCGUUGAAGAUAUGACUGCUGACGCAUGCAGUCAUAUCAUGAAUUCUUAAGUGUACAGAAACUGAACAGAUCCAAACCACAUUCCUCAAAAUUCAUUGGACGGCACUUCACCUUGCAGCAGGACAAUGACCCCAGGCAUGCUGCUAAAGCAAUCAAUGAGUUUUUCAGGCCAAGAACUGGAAUGUUCUUGACUGCCAAAGUCAAACUCCCAUGCCGAGUCCAACUGAACACACGUUUCACUGACUGAAGACAAGACUGCUGACAAACGCCCCAGAAACGAACAGGAGCUGAAGAUGGCUGCAGUGCAGGCCUGGCAGAGCAUCACCAGGGAGGAUACCCAGUGUCUGGUGACGUCUAUGAGUCGUAAACUUCAGGCAGUCAUUGAAUAUAAAGCGUUUGCAAACAAGCGCUAAAUAUGACUGCUUUAUUUCAUGUGUUAAUUUGUUCCAUUACUUCUGCUCCCCAAAAACUGUGUAUACAAACUUUUGUAGCCUACAACAAAAAUUGUGUCACUGUCCCAAUACUUUUGCAUUCAACUGUAUAUUUACUUAUACCCCAUAGAUUUACCACUGGUAGUACGGUAUAUUCAAACACCAUCUGCUAGUGUUUGUGGAGUAUUUCACGCAUUUUUACACAUUAAGUGUCAAACUAAUUGAUGGUCCUAAUGCACACAUUUGCCGUUGUUACUAACUCACUAACAAAAGGCAAAAGAAAGCAAACACUGGCGCAACAGGUGAUGCCAUUACUGAACUACGCUCUUCGAAAAGCUGCCGUUUUAGGGAUCCUGGGUUCGUUUCUCUGGAAACGCUGGUUAAUAAUUCUCCAGCAACGCACAGGUGGUCAAUGGCAGGUUUAAAUCUAAACUUUAAAUUUGUACUCCGGGGAAACGCAGCCUGCUUUCGGCUUAGAACUGCGUUUUAACCUGGCGCCGACGGAGAGAAAAAACAGGGAGUUUCUCCGAGGGGAGGAGUGUGGAGCGGAUAGCGCACGGCCGGCGGCUUACGUUUGACUGCUGGGGCAGCAUGAACACCAUAAGGGAAACCGCAAUAAUGAGGCGGUGACAGCGCAGUGCUAAUGUGUGUUCUCCAAAUAAUAACACAACGGGGACAAUAAAAAUAAGAAUGGGAACGAGUCGCUCCACAGCAUUAUGGAAACGGUGAAAUAAAGACAACAGGAUUUUACGCUUCCAGGAUGAUCCCGUUUCUGAAUCAAUGUGAACUCUUUUAGUUCGGGACGAAAAGCAAGCCGACAAAUGGUUUCCAUUCAGAGCAGAUUUUUUUCGUUUUAAGUAAAAAAAAAACUGUUAGUUUUGUUUACUAAUUAGUUGAUGAAAAGUUCUGCACUGCAAUGUCUCUUCCACCACAUUCGGAAACUCGGAAGUUCACACGGGGUCUAAGUAAACCUGGAACUGCGGCCGAGUUGAGGCAAAGCGUGUCCGAGGUUGUCAGGACGUCCGUGCUUGUGGGCUGUAGUAACAGUGCACUCGCAGACCCGCUGAGAGACGCUUCAUCUUCCCCCGAGACGACGUCUGUGUGAGUCAGGUGCCUGUGAGGGGCGCAUCCUGGAGACACGGCUGCCCCUCAGGGUCUGAGGAGCUCUCUCCUGAAGGGUCUUCAUUCAGGGACCUGCUCCCUGUUCUUUCUCCGGUGUUUCUUUAGUUCUGUUUUGUGUUGCUUGCUUGCUGAUCCAGCGACAGUUUGCGGGACACUCACAUACUCUAUGGCAAACCGAAAGGGCCUGAAACUGGAGGGGACUGCAUGGAAAAGAAUCAACAAAUCAGACAUGGGCUGGUGAAAAAGACCUUUUUGGGAAAAGAUUCACUUAAUCAGAAAGAGGGUUUUUAUACAAAAUACGAUCAAUAUUCAUCUGUUUAAGGCUUCUAAUUGGCCAGAUGUUUUAAAAAAAUUGUACUUUUUUUUUUUGCCAUGACAAGGCUUGAAAACUGCAGGUGUAAGUCCACUCGAAUGAUUUUUUAAACGAUAGUGUAUAAUAAAAUAAUAGAAAGUUCACUUAAUCUGCUGGAACACUAUGCCUCAUUCUGACUGAAAGGGAUCUGGGAGCCCCUGGGGCAUCUGAACAGUCUCAGGAGUAUCAGCCGCAUGGUCGCAACCAAACGCACAGGCAAGCAAAUAAAGUAUCACAUUGCUGACUUUACAAUGCGUUCUGGGAAAAUCCCAUUUUUUGAAUAAAAUAUAAACAUAAAUAUACUUAUUUACUUAAUAUAACACCUUAUCCAUCCAAAAUGAUUAAUUCCCACAGCCGGAUACACAUUGGCUGAGUGAAUUAUGGUUUAAUGCUUUGCUUAGGGGUACAAUUGAAUAACCACAGCUGGGUUUAGAACUUGUAUCUUUCUGGAUUGCGGUCCAGUUCCAGCUCUGCACAGCGUCUCUGCUUAUAUACUAUUACAGAAUCUGUUGUUAAAUCACAAAUAAAGUGAUGGCCAAUGUUG